AUGGAGGCUGGACUUGGAGGCCCUUCAGUGCUACCCUAUUGCCCCAAGCCUAGGCAGCAGGCUCCGCUUUGUCCCUCUGCGCAGUCCCCUGUGUGGCCUACCCUGGCCGCCCUGGCCCUGUUGAGCAGCGUCGCCGAGACCUCCCUAGGCCCCGCGCCCCACACCCCCGCCACUCAUGGAGGCCCUGCGCCAGUUCUGACUCCCCCCGCCGGCCACCUGCCGGGGGGACGCACGAUCCGUUUGUGCGGCGGAAAAGCACGGAGGCCACCGCCUCCACCGCCCCGGCCCGCGCCCCCUCCUCCCGCGCUGGUCCGCACGGUACGGGCGGGCAGCCAGAGAAGCCGCGAGAGCCCGGGGAGCCGCGCGGAAGCGCGGGGCUGCCGCCUGCGUGCGCAGCUGGUGCCGGUGCGCGCUCUUGGCCUAGGUCACAGCUCCGACGAGCUGGUGCGUUUCCACUUCUGCAGCGGCUCUUGCCGCCGCGCGCGCACUCCGCACGACCUCAGCUUAGCCAACCUGCUGCGCGCUGGGAUCCUGCGGCUGCCCUCCGGCGCCCGGCCUGUCAGCCAGCCCUGCUGCCGACCCACGAGCUACGAGGCAGUCUCUUUCAUGGAUGUCAACAGUACCUGGAGGACCGUGGACCGCCUCUCAGCCACCUCCUGCGGCUGUCUGGGCUGA